AUCCGUUGACAAGUAAUUCAUUCUAUACAAACUAAUCCGUACAAACACAAUGAAAAUGGAAGUUAACGUUAGACGACGAUUAUUCAUGGUACAUUUAAUACUUGUUGCAUUGUCAACAAGCUUAUUUUGCCUCGUAAAAGCUCAAGAUGUGCUCGACGUUUCCGGUAAAGAUGUCCGAAAAGGAGGGUAUUAUCGCAUCAUUCCGGCUGGUCGGGGCAACGGCGGUGGAAUUACGGUUGCAUCUAUUAGGAACCGAACCAACCCGCUAGUCGUAAGCCAACAUGCCGAUGAAUCUAUCAUCAGUAUUAGCACUCAAUUUUCACCAGCAAACUCGAACGAAAAUACCAUCAAAAUAUCAACUGAUCUGAACAUCAAGUUUACGUCAGAGAUAACAUUAUCUAAUUCGUCUAACGUAUGGAGAAUUAACACUGAAUUAAUUCCGCAACGUUAUUUAGUGACAGUUGGUGGAGUAGAAGGAAAUCCAGGGCGUGAAACAUUAAGCAACUGGUUCAAGAUUGACAAGUACGAGGAUGCUUACAAACUUGUGUAUUGUCCUGGAGUUUGUGAGACAUGUAGUAGACCAUUUUGUGGAGAUAUUGGAAUACUUGUUGAAGGUAACGAAAGGGUUUUGUUUGUUGGUUCUGAUAAACCAUUGAAAGUUACAUUUGAUUGUAUCAAAUACUGGGAUGAAACUAUAAAUAAUUAUACUCCUUGUCCCAGUGCCAGCAUCUCAAACAAAUUGUCAGCCUUGCCUUUUGUUAAAGUUGUAAUAUGGAUUGUUAUUUGUUACCUGAUAAAGCUAAUGUAGAAGAUCAAAAGGUACCAGAAUAUAUAGUGUCGUAAUUAAUCAGUGCACAUGCAUGUUAAUGUAUUGUAUUGUGAUUUGACGAUAAAAAUUUAUCGACGCCGAAUAUUUAUAUCAAAUGAAUAAAUUGUAAUUGAACUGGAAUGCAAGUUUGAAUAUCA